GUAACAAUCCAAGAAUGAGUCAUUGUGUCAGCCCCAUCCUUGACUAGGACUUUAUGGCAAGCUCUUCAAAAUACCACGUGCAAAUAAAUGUCAUUUUGGUACUUGCUUGCUUCCUCAAAUGCUUCUUUCUUGUUUCCUCAUUUUUGUUUCAGAUUUAAAUCUAGGUUUUGAAUUUCCUUUACAAGCUUACACUACUGUAUUGUCUACUGCUUUUCAGGUACCCGAUGAUUUCCUGUGUUUCUGAUGUUCCUAUUUUUGCUGUUUCUUUAUGGCCAGUACAGUUUAUAAUAAUACUACGUUUUCCUUUUUUUUAGGUGGCCUGUUUAAAUUAAAAUGAGAAAUGUAUUAUAUUCUAUACCUGUUUAUUCUUAGAAAACAGGGGUCAUACAUUAAGAAAAAACUUGAAAUGCCCAUUAGUAUCCUGUGAUUUCUUAAAAUGUUAAGUGUACAAUUCACACAAUAAUUUGGGGGCUGUCUUGAAAUUGUUCUUUACUUUUUUGUUGUGCUCAUUAAGUUUAAUUGAUUUCUCGGACUGGAGCCUUUUUAAGGGUCAUUGAUUUUAAACAAGUACUUUUAAAACUGCUUGGAGGACUUAAUGGAAGGGAUCGGUGGUAAAUUGUGGUAUUUUUAGGUUGCUUACAGUUUGUUUUAAGCUAUAUUAGUUUUUUUUAGUACUGUAUUGCUCACAAUAUUAGAUUUGCUAAACAAGAUGUACGUGCACACAUUGGACUUAAAUUGUAAACUUGUUCGUUAUGGAUACAUUUAUUAUUUUUCUUUUUUAAUUUUCGAUAUGCCUAGUAAGGAUAUCACACUGAGAGAUGUAGUUGGUUCAAAUAGAUGUUCUGGAGGAAGAUGAUAACAUUUGCUGAGCUGUUGUGAUCUGUUGUCAGCUUCUUAGGAGGUAGGACAGGAAAGAAAAUAAAAAAUUGGCAGGUGGAAAGCAGGAGGCUAUUAGAUUAUAAAAUAGCAUGAUAAGAGAGUUCUGAAUCUGACUUGAGGGAGUUCAAGUGAAAGAUGUCAACAGGUGUUGUGUCUGUGUUCUUGUUGGAUCAUGAGGAAGAAGUAGGUGAAAUGAAGGAGAAGAAAGAAGACUGGUAAGAGGCAAGGUAUUUUUGAAGCUAGGUAAGGCAGUGGAGUAGACAGGGCAGUAGUUUGGCAAAACUUUUAUGUAUACUGUUGUUGGGUGCUUAAUAGUGUCUGUGGGUGAAUAUGGGGGGAGGAAGGUGGUGAUAAAUGCAUUUCACUCAGAAGGGUAUUGUGCUCAGAGAGCAUUGUAGUUGAAUGAGCAAGGUUCUAACCAGAAUGCUUGAGAGGAUACCAGGAUAAACAGUGCUUAACUUAAUCCAAAGAGAACAAUCUACAGAUUCUGGAACUAGAGGAACAAACAAAAAGUACAGGGUGUGAACUUUGGAAUUAAUACAAUUUAAAUCUUUAAAUAAAAAUAGGCAGCAUAAAUUAUUCAUACAUUUGAAAAUAAAGUUGACUUAGAUCUAAGUUUUUAGAGCUACCCAGCCAUUAUUAUAAUUCUUUUUUAAUUCAUAAAGCUUUUCUUAUCUUUUUCAUUUUCUCUAACUUUUGCUAGAGUUUGAACUGUAAUAGAUCAUCCCUGCUUUGUGGCUUUUUAGAAGUUUAUAAUUUUUAUUUGUCUCUUUUAGGGGCUUCCUAGGUUCAUUUCCCUCCCCUCCUAGCAUGGACUAGAAAUCUACCUCAGCUGCUAUUAUCCCAUUGUGGUCACUCUUGCUUAUUCCAUGUGCUUUUUCAUAUAGAUGUCUUUUGACUUCUUUUUUCACCCUCCUUGUCGUCUCACUCCUCUUUGCCUUUAACUAGAACUCUAGAUGAAGUGUCUUAAGUUAAACAUAGUGAAACUCACUUCCUUAUCUUUCUUCCUAACUCCACCUUCAUACUUAUCAUUUUAGUCACUGGGAAAGUGUAGUCAUAAACCCCGGCAGUGAAAGAGAUUGAACGUGGACAGGCCUUUAACUCAUUGUUGCUUCGCACCCCUACAGCCCCUCUCUCACUAGCAUGAAAUGAUAUAGUUUAUUUCUUGUUGUUCUUCAUACAUUCCUUUCUUCCAUUUCUGUGGAUACAUGUCUGACUAGUUAUAGUAUGUCUGAGUUACAAUAGAGGAGAUCCGGUGGCACAGUUGGUUAAGUGCUCAUCUAACCGAAAUGUAACCCAUUCAAACUCACCAGCUGCUGUAUGAGAGAAAGAUAUGGAAAUCCUAUGGGGGUGGUUCUACUCUGUCCCUUAGGGUUGCUAUGAGUUGUAAUCUACUCGACAGCAAUAGGUUUGGCUUGGGUUAGGGAGUUACUUAACCUCCUGAAAAGUAGCUUCAUUUUCUCUUUCACAACUCCAUAUCUUCAAAGUUAUUACUUAAAGUUUUUUUUUACUACUUCUUGAAAAGAAGAAGAAAAAAAAUCAUUUGAGGAUAAGUAUUUCAUUGUGAAAAUUCGAAAAGCUGUAGUGAAAAACCUUUAUGUAGGUAAGGAUUAAAGAACAUAGUGACUAAUGUCCUGAUAAUGCAUGAAAGUGCUAGAUAGGCCUCAGAAGAUCUAAUGAUCCAGAUAGAUAGAUAGCUGCCAUUGAGUUGACUCUGACUGAUGAUGACUUUAUGUACAACAGAACAAAAUACUGCCCAGUCCUGCAUUAUCUUCAAGAUUGCCAGCAUGUUUGAGUCCAUUAUUGGGGCUACUGUACCAAUCCACCUCCCUGAGGGUCUCCCUCACCACAGUUUGCCCUCUACUUCUCCAAACAUGAUGUCCUUCUUUAGCAGUCGAUCCCUCCUGAUGACAUGUCCAAAGCAAAUUUAAAUGUAAUACCUGAUCUUUAUUUCACCUUCUUCCAAGUGAAAAUAUGUAUUAAUCCAAAAAGCCGUAAAGCCAUAAUGUGGCAUACCAUCCUUUUUGAGAGGUGAAUAUCGUUGGAUAAAAAUGGCUGACCGAAGUGGGAAGAUUGCUCCAGGACAAGUGUACAUUGAAGUGGAAUAUGAUUAUGAAUAUGAUGCGAAGGACAGAAAGAUUGUGAUAAAACAAGGAGAGCGGUACAUCUUGGUGAAGAAGACAAAUGAUGACUGGUGGCAAGUCAAACCAGAUGAGAGUUCCAAAGCAUUUUAUGUGCCGGCCCAGUACGUUAAGGAGGUCACCCGCAAAGCUCUAAUGCCACCUGUUAAACCGGCAGUCGGACUGCCGAAUAAUUCUAUGAAAAUGGUACAGAGUCUACAUCUUCAGAGAUCGACAGAAAAUGUGAACAAAUUGCCCGAGCUUUCAAGUUUUGGAAAGUCUUCAUCUUCUGUUCAAGGAACAGGUCUUGUUCGUGAUGCCAAUCAGAAUUUUGGACCCAGUUGUGGUCCAGGUCAGACUCUCGGCCUAAGCCUGGACCUGACCCAUAAUAAUGGAAAGUUUAACAGUGACUCACUUUCUCCUAAGGUUCCCAGCCAGAAAAGGACACGUUUAUUUGGUCAUUUUCCAGGUUCGGAGUUCUCGGAGAUAGAAAAAACUAGCUUCUCCCAGGAACCGUCCUGUGAUUCGGCAGGAGAAGGCUCAGAAAGAAUACAUCAAGAUUCUGAAUCUGGUGAUGAACUUAGCAGUAGCUCUACUGAACAGAUAAGGGCAACUACACCUCCAAAUCAAGGCAGACCAGAUUCUCCGGUUUAUGCUAAUCUGCAAGAACUGAAAAUAUCCCAGUCUGCUGUUCCCCCGCUUCCUGGAAGCCCAGCAAUUCAGAUUAAUGGAGAAUGGGAAACCCAUAAAGAUAUUUCAGGGCGUUGUUACUACUAUAACAGAGGAACACAGGAAAGAACUUGGAAGCCACCUCGCUGGACUCGGGAUGCAAGCAUAAGCAAAGGAGAUUUCCAAAGUCCCGGAGAUCAGGAGCUUCUUUCAUCAGAAGAAAACUACCACAGCAUUUGUUACAGCCAGUCAGAUAGUCAGUGUGGUUCUCCUCCAAGGGGUUGGUCAGAAGAAUUGGAUGAACGUGGGCAUACCUUAUAUACCAGUGACUAUACUAAUGAAAAGUGGCUCAAGCAUGUUGAUGAUCAAGGUAGAGAAUAUUACUACAGUGCAGAUGGAUCUCGAUCAGAAUGGGAAUUACCAAAGUAUAAUGCUUCAUCUCAGCAGCAAAGAGAAAUAAUUAAAAGUAGGAGCCUGGACAGGCGGCUGCAAGAACCAAUAGUGUUAACAAAGUGGAGACACAGCACCAUUGUGUUAGACACCAAUGACAAGGAAUCUCCAACUGCCUCAAAACCCUGCUUUCCUGAAAAUGAGUCUUCUCCCUCUUCACCAAAGCACCAAGAUACAGGUCAAGAGAAAUAUGGAUUAUUAAAUGUAACAAAAAUUACUGAAAAUGGUAAAAAGGUUCGAAAGAACUGGUUGUCUUCUUGGGCAGUGUUGCAGGGUUCAUCUUUACUUUUUACCAAAACUCAAGGAAGUAGCACAAGUUGGUUUGGGAGUAAUCAGUCCAAACCAGAGUUCACAGUGGACCUCAGGGGGGCAACGAUUGAGAUGGCUUCAAAGGAUAAAUCCAGCAAAAAGAAUGUUUUUGAGCUGAAAACCCGUCAAGGAACAGAACUGCUGAUUCAGUCUGAUAAUGACACUGUUAUUAAUGAUUGGUUUAAAGUUCUCAGUAGUACUAUCAGUAAUCAGGCAGUAGAAAAUGAUGAAGGACUUGAAGAGGAGAUCCCAGAUUCACCAGGAAUAGAAAAGCAUGAUAAAGAAAAGGACCAUAAGGAUCCUAAAAAACUUCGUUCUAUGAAAGUGUCUACCAUAGAUUCUUCGGAACAGAAAAAAACCAAGAAGAACUUAAAAAAGUUUCUUACACGACGCCCCACUUUGCAAGCUGUUCGUGAAAAAGGUUAUAUUAAAGAUCAGGUAUUUGGGUCCAAUCUUGCUAAUCUCUGUCAGAGAGAGAAUGGCACAGUACCAAAGUUUGUGAAGUUAUGCAUCGAACAUGUUGAAGAACACGGUUUGGAUGUUGAUGGGAUAUACAGAGUAAGUGGCAACCUUGCAGUGAUACAGAAGCUGAGAUUUGCAGUCAAUCAUGAUGAGAAAUUGGACUUGAAUGAUAGUAAAUGGGAAGAUAUUCAUGUCAUCACUGGAGCACUCAAAAUGUUUUUUCGAGAAUUGCCAGAACCUCUUUUUACAUUUAACCAUUUUAAUGAUUUUGUUAAUGCAAUUAAACAAGAACCAAGACAACGAGUUGCUGCUGUUAAGGACUUGAUCAAACAAUUGCCAAAGCCAAAUCAAGAUACAAUGCAGAUUCUUUUUAGACAUCUCAAAAGAGUUAUAGAAAAUGGAGAAAAAAAUCGAAUGACCUAUCAGAGUAUAGCAAUUGUUUUUGGUCCUACUCUAUUAAGGCCAGAGAAAGAGACUGGUAAUAUAGCAGUUCACACUGUGUACCAAAACCAAAUUGUAGAAUUAAUUCUUCUGGAAUUAAGCUCCAUCUUCGGACGCUGAUUCUUACUGAAGACAGAACCUGUGGAAUAGAAGCUGGAUCCCAUCAGAUUUCAAACCUUUAUACACGAUGUAUUUUCUUUUUGGACCAAGCAGUGACUCUUUGAUUUUGCACUUUUUUGAGGGGUUAGAAGGGAGGGGAGAGUGUCAAAAUGUGUUAGGCCCUCAUAUUUGCUGCUUUGUUGCAAGUUGAUAUAAUAUGUAUGUAAUUUUGAAUUACUUUUAUCCUGAAUGUUUGAAUUUUAGUAAAAAUCAAAACUUGCAGUUCUAACCAGGCAUAUAUACACUGGAUAAUUUGGUAAGAAAACUUUUUUUUUUUUUCCUCAAACUGGAUAAUACAGAAUUAUUUUUUAUGACUUGUAGGUUCAUCACAUUUAGGUUCACCACUUGAUAGGAAUAGUAUCCGUUAUUCUGAAAACACUCUUGGGCAUUUUCAACAAAAUGAAUUGUAUCUGUUCUGAAACCUGUGUAUUUCUUCUUCAGGGUUUCUGCAUGCAGUGGCAGUCUGAGUGCUAAAAUUGACCAUAACCCAGAUAGAAUCCCUUGAUGAAGGCUUGCUGCCUUUCACUUGUUGCACAGCAUCCUUACUGGAUAUCUUUGCUUAUUUGGGCAGCACACUAAUAAAUACUACAUUGAACACUGUGACAUACUGGAGAUUUUAUUUAGCAUAAGUCAAUUCAGGGUGUUUUUAGGCUGUGUGUGCUACACUGAAUUGUAGCUAACAGUUGUCAUUAUAUCUAGUGCCAUACUGAGCUCUUGGUAUGACCCUGUGGAAAUGGACUUUAUUUGUUGUAAAUAUAAGCUAAAGAUUUCAUGCCCUUUAGCUUAUGUAUAUAAUUGUGUUGUAUAGUCUCAGUACAUUCUAACCCUACAUUUCUAAUCAUGGUAUAGGUAUUGGUGUAGGUGACCUUUUCUGUGAAUAUUAGGUUUCCUCCAGAAAUAGGCCGUUAUUUGCGGAAGUAACUGUGUGCACUUUUAGAUUUUAAUUACAUUUGUAGGCAAAUCACUGUAAUGUGAAUGGUACUGGAAAAAUACUGAGUAGAUUUGCUAAAUGGUAAAUGCACUACAAGAGGAACCUGUUAGAUUAUUUAACAUGUACAGAAUACAUUAGAAAAAUUUAUUACAGAAUUCUAACUCUACAGUAUGAAUAGUUGAAAGCCCAUAUAUAAAUUAGGUGGAAGUUGGAUAGAAAACGACAUCACUAAAUUUGAGAAUUUCUUUUUACAUUACUAAUGUAGAUUGAUUUGUAUAAUAAAACAGGGUUUGGAAGGUUUUGUUACAGGGAGCAUGGUUGGUUGAAGAUUUUUUUAAAUGUAUUUUUCUAGAUUAACUGCUGUAUAUGAAAUGUCUAAUCUGAAUAAAGAAAACUAUAAGAGGCUUAGAGGUUUUUCCAUCGGAAAUGUGCAUUUUUUUGUUUUUUGUUUGUUUUUGCAUUUACUGGCAUACUCUUAUACCUCAUUUUAAAAAAUCAACUGAAUCCAAUAUUUCCUGUGGCAAAUAUAUUUUCCUUAUUUCACACCUUUUCAACUCCCUGCUAUGCCAUCACUCCUUUCCGCCCCCACACACAUUUUUGUUUCUUCAUCAAUAUUUGGAAGUGACUGAUAUGUAACCAAGACUCUGUUAGGAUUGCAUUUAUAAUUGAUAAUUAGGACUGCCUUCCUUGGGAAAAAAUAUUUUUUAUGUGGUCUGUUUAAAAACCUCUCACCUGAGUUUUGUGGUAAAAAUACUGUGUUUAUUAUUGUGAUCUUGUUAAAUUGAUAACAAACCAAGUACUUGAUAGCUGUAGGAAAGCAGAUUGUUUUGAGCAGGGAGAAAAAGUCUCCAAUCAAAAUAUUUAUUUUUGCCUAAAGAUGCUCUACAACGUGCUUUAGAACUGGAGUACAUAGUGACUGCAUAUAGACUCAAGUCAGUGAUGUUCUUCCUCUCGGCAGUCAUGGAAAUAUCAAGGAUUAAAACUGUCCUGUGUUUCUUGUUUCAAAGUACGUGUGUGUAUGUGGUCUUCAAUGUUUUAUUAGCCUCCAGCUAAUCAGUUCAUUGUAAUACUGUAUGUACAAUGUGAUCAGUGUCUCGUUUUCCUCAUUUGUGAAUUAAAAAUUGUCACUUGUUUUUAUAACAAAACCAGUAAUAUUUUCUGUCUCAAAGCUUGAUUUUUAGUAGAAAAUAUAUUAAAGGCUAAAAGAAAUUGUCAGUGUAAUUUCAUUUACUGGGUAGGCCUUCCUUGAGAACACGAUAAAGAAAAGAGGUAGUGAAAAUUUGGGAAGUGGGGGGAAAAAGUAUAUUGAAAUACGUUACCACGUUCUGAUUAGGAAAAAAAAAUUAUUUAAAUUUUAAAGCAAUAAGAAAUUUUACCUUUUACCAUGGAGAAAGUUAAUUAUGAAAUAGCUCUGAAAGAAUCCUCUUAUCUUGUAGAUACAGGUAAAUUUAUAAAUAAUUUAUUUUUGUUAUGUGAAAAGCACACAGAAUAAUUCAGGUAAACUUUGGGUUUGGACAGAUAAGGUGCGUGUGUAUACAUACAUCCACAGAUACGCAUACAUGCAUGCAUGUGUGUGCAUGCCAUGGCUUAUGUAAAAAAAAAAAAACUCAUCAAUGAUAAAAACCCAGUGCCAUCGAGUCGAUUCCGACUUACCUAUCAUUGAUGAAAAUGUUCAUCAAUGAUAGUAAUGGCAAAUACUUGGAGACCUUUAUACUAUUUUAGUAUCAUCCCAGGCUUCUUUGCAAGCCUGAAAAUAUUGUGUAUAAUAAUAGCAGCAAGAGGGAAAGAGCUACAUAAUUGUGCCAAGAGGUAUUUUUUCCAGCUCACAGGAGAGGCUUCUAAUUAGAUACUUAAACAUGUUUCCCAUGACACUAAUUCCUCAAACAUCGUUAGACAUUUUUUUUGUUUAAAUACACAGAGGAGUCCACAUGUCGCUUCAGUAACGAAGGAAAUGGAGGCAGAUGUGUGGCAUGUACUCUCUGGUCUAAUAAAAUCAAAUGUUAAAUACUGCAUCUGCACAGAGAGUUGGAAAAGGGUAGAAAAUAAGACUUUAUGGAGUUUAUUGUUCUUUCUAAACUCCAGACAUCAGCUCUAAUGAUUGCGUUUUAUGGAAAGCCCUUCUUUAGCACAAUAUUAGAGAAGGUGUUUAAUAGGGACUUCAGUCUCUUUGUUGCAUUCUUGGAGAUGGGGCAUAGUUUUUUGUUUUCAAAAAAAAAAAAAAACCCAGAAUUC